ACCUUUGAGUGGCUCAGUUGCCUUUCGGCAAAUGUGAUGCGGUGUUGGUCUCUUGGGCUGCUAGCCUUGCGAGGACGACCCCUCUUGUCGGCUGCUGUUCGGCUUCCUUCCGAUCUGUCAGAUUUGCUUUUUCAGGUCACCAUAUCUUCUUAGGGGGGAGAAAGCCGCAAAUCGGCCUCUGUGGACGUUGGCAAUGCUCCCGGGCUUGUUGUUCACGGCGGUGCUUACCGCCGCCGGCUGUGCGGCCUCGAAGUCGUUCUUGCCAUCCGACUUUCCAGCCAGCAGGGCGGCAGGCCAGUCGCCGGAUCUCCAAGUGCUCGAGGAAGUUCUCGAUGCACUUCGGGUGCUGCAGAGCGAGUACUUCCAGCCAUGGAUGGGCCACUGGCCCAAGGCCAUCGAUUGGACGGCCGCUGUCAUGGGGUCCCACGUCUCUGGGACUUUGACAUCGCUUUCCCAGAGCCUGGACCUCGUUCGGCUCGACGAGAGCGAAGACUACAGGGUCAAAGAGAAUAUCAUAAACCAUUAUUUCUCACAGGUGGUGAGCUCGUACUUUGGACAGAAUGACCUCUCAAUCAGACACCAGGCAUUUGAUGAUAUGCUCUGGGUCGUCCUGGGCUGGCUUGAUACCACCCAGUUCGUCGAGCUCCACACAGAGUUACGCUACCAGAAAGGGCCGCAGGCGACCGGCCUCGGCGAAGACAUACCAUCCAUCCUGCGGAACCAAACAUGGCAUGGCAACCUCUGGGUCCCGUCCUUUGCCCACCGGGCGAGGGUGUUCUGGGAGCUCGCCUCGAAGGGGUGGGACUAUACGCUCUGCGGAGGCGGGAUGACGUGGAACCCGCGGCUGGAGCCCUACAAGAACGCCAUCACAAACGAGCUGUUCAUCGCCGCGUCGAUAUCGAUGUUCCUCUACUUCCCGGGGGAUGUCAAUACCUGCCCCUUUGGCUCCCGCUCCGACUGCAGCGGCGGCGAUGCAGAUCUGUCGGAUGUAGCUGAUUGGAAGCCCCAUGAUCCCAGAUACCUCUACGCAGCAGUAGAAGGCUACGCCUGGCUCAUGAACUCGAACAUGACGAACGAACAGGGACUCUUCGUUGAUGGCUUCCACAUCUCCGGGUUCCGCAACAAAAGCGAUCCCAACACCAAGUGCGAUGCUCGGAAUGAGAUGGUCUACACCUACAACCAGGGAGUCAUCCUCACAGGCCAACUCGGCCUAUUCAAAGUGACACGUAACACAUCCUAUCUCAAAGAUGGCCACAGCCUCAUCCAGAACGUGAUUGCAGCGACGGGGUACGACCUGGCCCGAGACCGACCAGCCGACGACCUCCCGGCGCUUCAGCCAGGCAGCCCCCUGCCCCGCUGGCACGGCCUAGGCAGGGCCGGGGUCCUGGAGGACAAGUGUGACGUGCGCGGCGACUGCUCGCAAAACAGCCACACCUUCAAGGGGAUAUUCUUCCACCACCUCGCGGCGUUCUGCGCGCCCCUGGAGCCGGCCCCGGACCUGCCACCCCCGCACACCGUCUACGAACAACAACAAGACGACGACGGUCUCGAGAAGGCCAGGGAGGCACACGCCAGGGCCUGUCGGGCCUACACCGGCUGGCUCCGGCACAACGCGAUGGCGGCGCUGCGCACGCGCGACUCGAGGGGCGUGUUCGGCAUGUGGUGGACCGCCGGCCUGCUGAACCUCACGUCGGACUACUACGUGGCCGACGGAGAUGCGGAACCGCAGCAACAUGGCGGCGCUGUAGACUACAGGAAUCGCCGAGUCCCUGACGAUCCUCGGUGGGACACGGCUCUGGGGUCGCCGCCACCGCACGAGCCGGCAGAGCCAGGUCAACAACAGCAGCCGCUGAGUGGUCCGGUUGAGCGUGCAUCCUCGGGCCGGACGGCGCCUGUCGCCGGGUCCGGGACUUCGGAUCCCAAUGACCGGGGGCGUGGGAGGACGGUGGAGACGCAGGGAAGUGGACUGGCUGUGCUGCGAGCUCUGUGGGAGGUUUCGAGGCUGGGCUCGGUUUCAUGAUUGGGUGUUAUAAGGGCGCAUGGGUUAAGGCCGGCUAGGGGGGGGUCAAUUCACCGUAUAUCUGGAGUGAAAUUAUGUUCUGGAGGAAUGAAGGUGUUUGUUAUAUAUAUCCCAUCUUGAUGAUCUCACAUACGCUUUUGGGUUACAGUUCGCUCUUCAUCCUGUUGUCUUGCAUAGGAACAAAUGGGAACAUGGGUCAUUUGGUAGGCAUUGCGUUCCGACCUACUGCUCACCUCAACAUUAGUCGCAAACA